AUGGAGAGGGCUCGGCCGGAGCCGCCGUCCCGCCAACUGCCUAGGGCGACCCCUCCGCGCCCUCUGCGCCCUGCGCCGUCCCCUCUGCCCCUCGACGGCCCAUUCCGGGUCGCGGCCGCGGAGCCUCCUCCGUCGCCGCCACUCCCGUGCGCGGCCGCCAUCGCAACAGUGGCCUCAUCUUAUGGGGAGGCCCCGGCGUCGGGUGGCCCGGCCACAGCCCGACGGUUAUUGCAAGUGAAGCCUGAGCAGGUGCUGCUACUGCCACCGGGGCCGCCCCUGCCGCCAGGCCGGGACGAAGGCGUCGCUGUCUCGCCUGCGCAGGCGCGGCUGCUGUCGCUCAGACCAGAGUUGCUGCUGUUGCCGCCGCCUCCGCCCCCGCUAGCAGCCGACUGCAUCCCGGGCCGGCCCGACGCGCACCUGGGGCCGCCGCGGGCACCGCACGUCAAGACCGAGAGGCCAGAACCCGGGCAGGGCCUGGACCCGUCUCUAGGGCUGCGGAGGGCAGUCAGGGGGGCUAAGGUGGACGCUGUCGGGCCGGGCCUCGACUGCCGUCGCGGGGACGAGAAAAAGGGCAAGCUGGAGGCAGAGGCGGCCUUACGGGAUGCAGCCAGAGGUGGAAAUGGCAAAAGCCUGGCGGUGCUCCGUGACGGCUUCAUCAAGACCGAAGAGCCAGAGAGACUCCAUGAGGACUGCAGGCUGAGCUCUGACUCCGCAGCCAAUGGCCUGGUGCACGGUGGAAAGGAGGUGCUCUUGCCUCAGCCAGCAGGUGCCUUUGGGUCGCCCCAGCAGGACCUCAGAAUCCCUUUGACGCUCCACACCGUACCCCCUGGGGCCCGGAUCCAGUUCCAGGGGCCUCCACCGUCUGAGCUGAUCCGAUUGACCAAGGUCCCCUUGACACCAGUGCCUAUUAAAAUGCAGUCUUUACUGGAGCCUUCUGUAAAAAUUGAAACCAAAGAUGUCCCGCUCACCGUGCUGCCCUCAGAUGCAGGAAUACCAGAUACUCCCUUCAGUAAGGACAGAAAUGGUCAUGUGAAGCGACCUAUGAAUGCAUUUAUGGUUUGGGCAAGGAUCCACCGGCCUGCACUAGCCAAAGCUAACCCAGCAGCCAACAAUGCAGAGAUCAGUGUCCAGCUCGGGUUAGAGUGGAACAAACUUAGUGAAGAACAAAAGAAACCCUAUUAUGAUGAAGCACAAAAGAUUAAAGAAAAACACAGAGAGGAAUUUCCUGGUUGGGUUUAUCAGCCUCGUCCAGGGAAGCGAAAACGCUUCCCGCUAAGUGUUUCCAAUGUAUUUUCUGGUACCACACAGAAUAUCAUCUCUACAAAUCCUACAACAAUUUAUCCUUAUCGUUCACCUACCUACUCUGUGGUAAUUCCCAGCCUACAGAACACCAUCACUCAUCCAGUUGGUGAAGCCCCACCUGCCAUCCAGCUGCCCACACCUGCAGUCCAGCGCCCAAGCCCCAUCACUCUUUUCCAGCCCAGCGUCACUAGUGCUGCGCAAGUGACCAGCCCGGCUCCAAGUCUGCCCCUUCGCCCCGCACUCCCACCCCAGCACUUUGCCGGGCCGACCCAAUCGGACAAUCACCGGCUACAUUCUGGAGCCAGUCGUUCAGUAAAAAGACCCACACCAGUCUCUCUGGAGAGCACCAACAGGAUUCCAACCAGUGCAAGCACUGCCCACGCCAGAUUCGCCACCUCCACCAUCCAACCUCCCAAGGAGUACCCCAGCGUCUCCACUUGUUCCCGAAGUGCUCCAAUGACCCAGGCUCCUCCCAUUCCACACUCGCACGUCUACCAGCCCCCUCCCCUUGGCCAUCCAGCCACGUUGUUUGGGACGCCACCUCGAUUUUCUUUUCAUCAUCCUUACUUCUUACCUGGACCUCACUACUUCCCAUCAAGCACGUGCCCUUAUAGUCGGCCUCCUUUUGGCUAUGGAAAUUUUCCAAGUUCAAUGCCAGAAUGCCUUGGUUAUUAUGAAGACAGGUACCAAAAACAUGAGGCUAUGUUUUCAGCUUUAAAUAGAGACUAUCCUUUUAGAGACUAUCCAGAUGAACGAACACAUAGUGAAGAUUCUCGAAGUUGUGAGAGCAUGGAUGGGACCUCUUACUAUAAUAGUCAUAGCCACAGUGGGGAAGAAUACUUAACCCCCAUGCCUCAGCUGGACAUUGGAGCCUUGGAGAAUGUCUUCACAGCCCCGACAUCAACUCCCUCUAGCAUCCAGCAAGUCAAUGUCACUGAUAGUGAUGAAGAGGAAGAAGAAAAAGUGCUCAGGAAUUUAUAAUUUUAAAACAAAUAGCACAGAAAAUAAACAUUUCUUAAAAAGUAUGCUGGGUCAGUUGGUCUAAGAAAAAAGCCUUGAAUGCUCUGCUGAGAGUUUUCAGCCAUGAUUUGAGGAGUCAAAACCAAACUAAUUUAUGUCUUCAUAAAGUUUUGAUUAGUGAGACUGGAGUCCUGAUGUUUCAUCGUGAGGAUAUUUAAUACAAAUUAAUUUAUUUUUUUAUGGCUGAAAUUGGCAUCAAUAUAUAUCACCAUAAUUGGAGCAUGAAAAAUACUGAAUCGUCACAAGUACAUGUGAGGGGGAAAGGGUUAUAGAUCAGACACAGCAAGUGAGAUUUGUAUUUUUUCUUAGGAUACCUUUGUUUUUUUUUCUUAUAUCAUUGUUUUGUUUGGUGUUUAUAUAAUAUUUAUGGAUGUUGUCAGUUUUAUGUGAGAUUUUUAAAAUGUUUUGAUAACUUAGUAGUGAUAUGGGAAUGUGUUAUUAAUUUACACUAAUAACUAAUUAUAAGUUGCAAAUGUGUUUUAAUGACACCUGGUAAUUCCUUUAGCCAAAUUAGUCAUUUCUGUUCCUAAACAUUUUGAUCGUUUUGGAUAUCUUUUUCCAUUUGGUAUGCAUUGUUCUACUUUUGUUAUAAUUAAAUAAACAUAGAAAAAAAUUGUU